GCAGCAUAUUCGAGCGGUCGCUGCACGGGCACACUGUAAACAAUCCGCACGACCAAUGAGCCCUCGCACCGCGCCGCCAGGUUCUCCAGCUCCUCCCGUUCGCCCAGCCGCCAUGUCCAAGACGCAGUGCAGCGUGUAAGCAGCCGCCGAGAGAAGCCCGCCCGCCGUCAGAAGCGGUAGCAGCAGCGCCCGGAAUCCGGACCCCCAUUCCCGGUUCCCGCAACAGGUUGCGCCCCCCAUCUGUGCCGUUUGUCCCGCCGUUUGAGCCGCAUAUCGCAGCCGGAUAUCGUUCGAGUGGGCGCCAGGAUGCAGCAGCGACGCCAGCAGGCGAGUGGAGCCUGCCAGGAGGAGCGGCAGCCCCAGGAUGAGUCCAAGGAACACUCGGUGAAGACGACGCCGCAGUCGCCGUCGCGACGCGGCUGCUACUUCUCGCUGGCCUUCUCCAUCGGCUCGAUGGGAUUGGCCUGCGGCAGCCUGUGGCAAAUCCCCAACAGCAGUGACCGCAUCUCGCUGCAGCGCGGACUGGUGCUCACCUCGCUGGGAUUCAUCUACUUCGUCUCGCUGACCGACUUCUGCAACAAAUACCUGCUGGAGACGAGCCAUGGCCAGAGGUUCCGCCGCAAGUACCGCCUGAUGAUGUCCGACGUCCUGGAGAUCACCAACAAAAUCGUAUCGGCCAUCCAGGCUUCCUUCUCCUUCCUCGUGGGACUCAUCGUCUGCAAGUCGACGUGCACCAAGUCCUUCGUUUAUGCGUCGCACUUCUUGAUGGAGGCCUACGGCUGGUUCGGCACCGCCUACUUUAUGUACGACAUCUGGUCGAUGUACAAGGUGCACACCCAGAAGCUCGCCGAUAAAUUGCACCUGCUGCGCAUCACCAAAGGUCAGGGGUCGCCGCUGAGCAACGGUCACGCCAACGGCAAGGUCAACGGGCAGUCGUCCGGCGGCAACAACAACGGCAGCACUCCGGGCACCCCACACGAGAUCUGCGACUACGACGGCGCCUGCGUCCAGAUUCCCAAGGACGGGCGCUGGGACUUCCUCAAGUAUGUCAUCACGCACCCGGUCAUGAUGAUACACCACGUCUUUAUCGGAACGUUUGGACUGCUGGUGGUGACGUACAUCCGCGGCGGUGGGCACUGCAUCUACAGCUACAUGUUCAUGAUGGAGUUCUCCACGCCGUUCGUCUCGCUGCGCAGCAUCCUGAGCACCAUGCGGCUGAAGGAUUCGCGCGUGUACAUCGCCAACGGACUGCUCAUGUUGGCCACCUUCUUCGUGUGCCGCGUCUGCAUGUGGCCAUACGUGAUGUGGCGCUACAGCCUGGCCAUCGAGGCCGCCUCCAUGUGGGCGGCCAUGUGCGGGCUGCCACGGGGCUGCCUGGUCAGCAUCGCCAUUCUGUUCUUGCCACAGCUCUACUGGUUCUAUCUGAUGGUUUUGGGGGCCCUCAAGGUCUUCCUACCACAAAAGCGACGACCGCCCAACGCGAUGCUCCCAGCCACGUCUGGGGCCACGCCUAUCCCCACCGCCCUCAAAAAUGGCAAAAACUAGUGCAAAUUGUAAACUGUUUGCUUGUAUCCAUGUAUUUAUUUUGAGGCACAGUUCCAGCCGCUUCCAUUUUGCGGAGAUCUUGCUAUUGUUUAUACAUUUUUAACAAUUAGUUAUACAACAACGACCCUUUACCCAGAUAACAGACUCACCAGGACGGACGGAAAUUAAACUCGGAACCGGAAUCAUGAGAGGAUUACAGAAAACAGAAAAGACCAGGGACAGAUGUUUAGUUUUAAAAAUACAUUAUUUACUAAAAAAAAGUGAAAAACUAAGAACAAAAAGAUAACUAAAACCAAAUGCAUAUAUAAAGCGAAUAAACUAUGUUGCUUAUUUUUUGAAGCAAACCCCCUAACCAUAAACGAAAUAAUGUUGCAUUCAAUCCUUGCUAUAUCCACAAAAUCGAUGUUGUUAAUCGCCCCGAAAAUUGUAGAGGGACAAGCUUGUGUUAAUAACAUAACCUGUUAGAAAUAUAUAUAGCGAAGAUAACUGAAAAGCAUAUUAAAGCCAAAGGAGAUUGGCCAGAUGUAUAACUAGGAAUGUUCGAUGCGCAUAUAUUACUGCAUUUGCCGGCCUUGAUCGAUUGUAUAGUGAUCAAAACAGAUAUAGAUAUCCGGGGACCGUAAAACAUUCUUUGUGUUUUCUUACAUACAUAAAACAAGAGUCUAAAUUGAAAGGCCAAAUAAAGUAUGAAACUUUGUACAGUAGCUGGCAUGAGUACAUGUUUUACAUGUUUGCCAAAUUUAUUUAGAAGCCGCCCAGAAAACAAAUUAGCCAAAGCCAACCGUUAAAUAUAUCAUAACCAACUAAAAUAUACAGUACCUACAUCUUAAUCAUGUAAUUCCACAGAAUGAAAAAUUAAACAAAUAUAUUGUAUUUUAAUUUUGAUUUAUUUGACUUUAUAAUUUCAUAGCAUGAUAUAGCAUGACAAGAACCUGUAUAUGAUAUUUUGAAAUCAUUCUACCUUUAGUCUACAAAGUGCUUAAGCAGUCAUACUUUUCUAAUCAUUUUUUGGAAUGUCCAACUUUUUAUUGAUAUUUCCAAGGUUUUGAUAUUUUUGAAAAUAUUUUUUGUAUAGCAGCGUAUUUCCAUAUUGAGUUCAGCACAUUCGCACUCAAAUUUAGUAUUUAUUUGAAACUAAUGUAAUCAAAAAUAUUAUUUUAUUCGAUGGAACAAAUACGAGCUUUAUUUACUACUAAUUAUAAAUAUUAUUUGUCUAUAUUUUGAGCUACUACCUACUUUGUUUUAUUCAGUCUAGAAAUGCGAAUUGUCUAUUGAAAAUUCUUCCAAGAUACAUAAAACAGCACAAUCCAGAGCUAGAAAACGUAUACGCAUUACGGUCCCUGAAAUAUAAGUCCUAUUGGUUGCUUCUGAGGAACUACUACCUAUGUAUGCUGACAUUGGCGAAUGUUUAUUUGUGAAAUGUAUGUGAAACUAGCACAAAAUCAAAUUUUAAUUGAGCUUACAAGAUUAUAAUUAUAUAUGUAGUUAACUAUUUAUAUGUAAUAAUGUGGCGCAUUGUCGUAGAAGGAUGCGCGGUUAUUUGGCUUAUUGCCAAGUCCAUGGAAAGCGCAAACCGGCAGCUCCUAGGAGUAUAGUUUAAGACCGGCCCCAGAUCGGAUGCUUAGUUAUGUGUAGAUGUAUGCGAUUCCAUGUAUUUUGAACUGUACAAAUGGACAUAGCCGAGUGCAUAGAUCAAGUGUAUUUUUGAGAGGUAAGGCCGCCCUGUGGCCACCAAAAGAAUGGACGAAAUAAAGUUGCUACAGUUCCAAGACA